AUGAAGUUUCAGCAACUGCUGCUCGUGGCAGCACUGUUGGUCGCUUCAGGACCCGUGUCUGCCUACUACCUGCCGGGGACGUAUCCUCAGGAGUUUGCGAAAGGGAGCAAGAUCGAAGUGGAGGCGAACUCUCUGGUGUCAUCGGAAACGGAGAUUCCGUACCGAUACUACCGGAUGCCGUUCUGCAAGCCUGUCGGUGGCGUCAAGAAGGCCUCCAGCACUGUAAAUCCGGGCACCAUACUUCUGGGCAUACGCAUCAACAACUCGCCCUACAGCUUCUCCGUCAUGGAAGAGACCAAGACCAAGGUGGUCUGCCAGGGCGAGGACUACCCCGGCGGGGCUUACACCGCGCUCACCUCCAAGGAGGUCAAGACCCUCAAGGAGAAGAUCCGGGAUCAGUACCGGGUGCGCCUCAUCCUGGACAACCUGCCCAUCACCACCUACGACCUGGAGCUGGACCCCGAGUCCGUCCGCCCCGGCUACGAGGUUGGCUACAAGCUGAAGGACAAGUACUACGUGAACAACCACCUCAUGUUCAAGGUGCUGGUACAUGAGUCCGACGGGCGCUACUCCCGCGUGGCCGGCGACGCCAGCCUGGAGGCUGCCGCUGCCUCAGAUCUGGCUGGGCGCAAGAUGCUGGCAGGCGAGACCCCCGGUGGCGCCGCGGAGAAGCUGUACAUGAUCGUGGGCUUCGAGGUCGUGGCCUGCUCCAUCGCGCGCGAGCCCGGCAAGCCCUUGGCCAACGUUCCCUGCCCGCAGUCCUACGAGGACCCCAGCGCGCCCAAGGCCCAAGAGGUCAAGGAAGGCGCCCGCAUCGUGUACACCUAUGACGUCUACUGGGACACGAGCGACAUCACCUGGGCCUCGCGCUGGGACGCGUACCUGCGCAUGCCCGGCGGGCGUGUGCACUGGUUCUCCAUCCUCAACUCGCUCAUGGUGGUGGUGGUCAUGUCGUGCAUCGUGGCUCUGAUCACGCUGCGCACCAUCCGCCGCGACCUGGCGCACUACGAGGCCCUGCUGUCGGGGUGGAAGAUGGUGGGCGGCGACGUUUUCCGCGCGCCCCCCGACACCCUGUCCCUGGCGGUGCAGGUGGGGUCGGGGGUGCAGAUCCUGGCCAGCGCGGGGGUGACCCUGCUCUUCGCCUCGCUGGGCUUCCUGUCCCCCGCCGCGCGUGGCUCGCUGCUCACCGCCGCGCUGGCCAUGUACCUCCUGCUCUCCGUCGCGGCGGGCGCGGCGGCCGUCUGGCUCUGGGGCGUGGCCAACCGCACCUAUGAGGGCUGGCACAAGGUGUGCUGGCGCGUGGCCUGCUUCUUCCCCGGCGUGACCGUGGCGGUGCUCACCGUGCUCAACAUGUUCCUGUGGUACACGGGGUCGGCGGGCACCAUCCCCCUGGGCUUCUUCUUCUCCAUCAUCUUCCUUUGGCUCCUGGUCAGCAUCCCGCUGGCCUACGGCGGCGGUGCACUGGCCGCGCGCCGCGACAUCGCGCCCUGGCCCUCCCGCACCAACCAGAUCCCGCGCCACAUCCCCGCCCCGCACUGGGCCUCCCACCCGCUGGUCCUCUUUGUCGCGGCAGGCCUGCUCCCCUUUGGCACCAUCUUCGUGGAGCUCUACUUUGCCAUGACCAGCCUGUGGCAGGGCUACUUCUACUACAUCUUCGGCUUCCUGGCCCUGGUCGCGGCGCUGACCCUCAUCAUUACCAUCGAGGUCAGCAUCGUCUGCACCUACGUCCAGCUGUGCGCCGAAGACUACCUAUGGUGGUGGCGCUCCUACCACCGCGGCGGCUCCGUCGCCGCCUACGUCGCCAUCUACUCCGUCGGCUUCCUGUUCAACACCCUGCACAACCUCUCCGGCUUCGUCCCCGUCGUCCUCUACCUCGCCUACACCGGGCUCAUGGCCUGGUGCAUGUUCCUGGCAAGCGGCACAAUCGGCUUCCUCUCCUCCUACCUCUUCACCUACAAGAUCUUCGAGUCGGUGUGCUGGCGCGUGGCCUGCUUCUUCCCCGGCGUGACCGUGGCGGUGCUCACCGUGCUCAACAUGUUCCUGUGGUACACGGGGUCGGCGGGCACCAUCCCCCUGGGCUUCUUCUUCUCCAUCAUCUUCCUUUGGCUCCUGGUCAGCAUCCCGCUGGCCUACGGCGGCGGUGCACUGGCCGCGCGCCGCGACAUCGCGCCCUGGCCCUCCCGCACCAACCAGAUCCCGCGCCACAUCCCCGCCCCGCACUGGGCCUCCCACCCGCUGGUCCUCUUUGUCGCGGCAGGCCUGCUCCCCUUUGGCACCAUCUUCGUGGAGCUCUACUUUGCCAUGACCAGCCUGUGGCAGGGCUACUUCUACUACAUCUUCGGCUUCCUGGCCCUGGUCGCGGCGCUGACCCUCAUCAUUACCAUCGAGGUCAGCAUCGUCUGCACCUACGUCCAGCUGUGCGCCGAAGACUACCUAUGGUGGUGGCGCUCCUACCACCGCGGCGGCUCCGUCGCCGCCUACGUCGCCAUCUACUCCGUCGGCUUCCUGUUCAACACCCUGCACAACCUCUCCGGCUUCGUCCCCGUCGUCCUCUACCUCGCCUACACCGGGCUCAUGGCCUGGUGCAUGUUCCUGGCAAGCGGCACAAUCGGCUUCCUCUCCUCCUACCUCUUCACCUACAAGAUCUUCGAGUCGGUGAAGGCCGACUGA